AUGAAUCGAAAGCUAUUGAGCGAAAAAGAGCUUGCUGAAUAUCAGAAUCUGUAUGAAUUUCUAAUGAUUGAUGAUUACAAACAGGAGAUGCAACGAAACCACACAGCAAACAAUGCAGGAGAGUAUCUCAUCAUGACGCCUCGUCAGCAGCAAGCGUUAAUACCAAACUCAGCAUCUCUAUCAAAGUUGCUCCAAAAACGGCUAACGGUCAAACAAUUGAAAAGUUUAUUCAAACGUACAGGAUAUGAAGUGAGUGACCGAACAAUGCAAGAAAUUAUUCAUUCCAGCAGAGCAAGGUCAAGCAGAUCCUCCUCGAAAAAAUCAAGACGCACUCUUGUCACAAAAAAUCAAGUAUUGCAAGCUUUCAAAAUUCUAAAUGAAGAUUCUGAAAAUGAAUGGAUGGAUUGUCAGGUACUAGAAAAUUAUUUGAUGAAUUUUUCGUAUCAUACAGAAAAAGCGUUUGAAGCUAGUCAUGCAGAUUAUUCUCUUGAGGAGUUGUGUCACACAGACAGAUCACAUACCACAACUGAGUCUUCUCAUAAAUCGUUUCUAAGCGAGGAAGUGAGAAAGUUUUUGCAACAUGAUUUUUCAAAAGUCAUGAGUGUGUUGGACCCCUUUGGCACUGGACAGUUUAACUAUCGAAAGUUUGUUGAGAUGGCUUUUUGUGAUCACCGUCAUGUGGAUCAAUAA